AUGCGACUGCUAAACACCACGACGCUCAAGGUCAAGGAGUUUGUGAGCCAAAGACCCAAGUACGCCAUUCUUUCCCAUACAUGGGGCUCGGAAGAGAUCAUUCUCCAGGAUACGGAAGCAGGAGACUGGGCUGCUUCUAGUAUCAAAGCUGGAUGGAAUAAGAUCAAGGGCGCUUGUGCGCUCGCUCUGGGUGAUGGCUUUGACUGGAUCUGGAUCGACACAUGCUGUAUCGACAAGUCUUCGAGCUCUGAGCUAUCCGAGGCCAUCAACUCCAUGUUCCGUUGGUACAGAGAAGCUGAGAUCUGCUACGCCUACCUUGAAGAUGUGCCUCCAUUGAGAUACGCCCCGCUUAUUGGCUUUCUGAAUCUCGCUCCUGACCUGGACUCGAAUUAUGUUACCUCCAUCAAAAAGGAUCAGAAUGGUUUCCUCAGGAGCCGAUGGUUUACACGGGGGUGGACUCUUCAAGAGCUUAUUGCACCGCAAAGAGUCGACUUUCAUGUUUCAGACUGGUCCUUUCUUGGGACGAGGAGUGAUCUUUCGGGUAUCAUCCACGAACACACCAUGAUCGACAAAGAGGCUCUCGAGCUAGAAGGCGUAGAAAAGCUGUCAAAGUUCACUGCAUAUUUGACGUCAACAUGCCGCUUCUAUAUGGCGAGGGAGACCGUGCGUUCCGCCGCCUCCAAGAAGAGAUUCUCAGAACCAUUGAAGGCUAUAGCUUAA